UUCGACUUUGGAAACCCUGUCAUUGUUUUAUCGAAACGAAAUCUCCGUUUCAGGACACUCUAAUCUGCAAAGAUGAAUCUAGCCCUGAACCGUAAAGUCGCGAAGGGCGGCUGUCAGUUGUUGGGCCUAAACAAGUACAGUAUUCACCAGUAUCUGAAGACCAUAGACACCAUUUUGUACGACGCUGAUGGCGUCCUUUGGCAGUACGAUAAGCCCAUUAGAGGAGCAGUUGAAACUUUUAAUGCCCUGAGAGCCAUGGGAAAAAAGUCAUACAUUUGCACCAACAACUCAUCCGAUUCGGCUUUCGCGGUUUGGAAGAAAGCCAAGUGUAUGGAUCUCCUGGUGGCAAAGGACGAAGUCUUGACUUCCGGUCAGGCUACGGCUCGGUACUUAAGCGAACAAAAAUUCAAACGCAAGGUGUACGCUAUCGGAGGCCAGGGAAUCGUGGACGAACUGAAGCUAGUUGGGAUUAGCUGCCUCCCAUUAGAUCCUCCAAACACAGACAGUGACUUUAUCAACAAAAUAGUUUUGGAUCGCGAUGUAGGUGCCGUUGUGGUGGGCAUGGACAAGGACUUUGACGCCCAAAAGAUCACCAAGGCCACAUGGUAUCUCCGGGAUCCGGAUGUCAUGUUUGUGGCCACCAAUCGGGAUCUGGCCUAUUCUGUGGCUCCUGGCCGGAUGAUUCCCGGUGCCGGUGUGAUGGUGGCAGCCAUACAGGCGGCCAGUCUGCGGGCUCCCUACACUUGCGGCAAACCAAAGCCGCAUCUUUGUUCCAACGUGAUACGGCAGGGACUCCUUCAGCCGGAACGUACCUUGAUGGUGGGCGAUACCAUGUCGACGGACAUCCAGCUUGGGUAUAAUUGCAGUUUUCAGACCCUUUUGGUAGGCACAGGAGUGAGCAGCUACAAAGACGUCCUAGCGGCUCAGGAAUCCUCUGAUCCUUUCAAGUAUCAAGAAGUCCCACAUAAGUUUGUUUCCAAAUUAUCCCAUUUGCUGCCUUUUUUAUGUUCCCGAAAUAGGUAGAAUAAU